GGGGCGGUGACCUGGGGAUGAGAGCUGAGGGAGUAUGCUUGUGUUCAUGUACUGUUGCAUGCGUCUCUGAAAGUUGACAGAUACUAGGGCUUUACUCCAUGAUCUGCUCGUUAUGUUAAGCAUAACGAUGAAUUGAUCUACGAUCCUUGACUGAAAAUUUUGAUAAAAACCAAUAGGAUAUGUUUUGCCUUUAAUUGGGCGGUCCGUUCAGUAGAACCGGAUCUUGCAUCCAUGCUCUCGAGACAACGCAUGCAGGAAGUGCCCGUGAAGCGCACCAGUUUCAAAAUACAAAUUCGGCGUCUGUAUCAGUCAUUUCAUUUAUGUGACACUAACGAACAGCAGUGGCGUAAACCAAGGUGUGUUGGGCUGGUCACCUCUUGGCAAGAUGUCCAUCGUAACAGUACAGCUCGGACAGUGCGGUAACCAAGUGGGCCAGGAGCUGUUUGAUGUGAUCUGUAAGGACGCCCGCGACGGACAGAAGAGGGGUUACAGCGACGCCAGCACUGCGCGCUUCUUCCACGAGACGACCACCGGCGACUUAACCUCAAGGGCUGUGCUCAUUGACAUGGAGCCUAAAGUGAUCAACCACAGUAUGAGCAAGGCAGCCAAGUCGGGCAGGUGGAGAUAUGGGGAAAAAUCCCAUUUUAGCCAGAAACAGGGUUCUGGCAACAACUGGGCAAACGGUUACUGUGUCCACGGUCCACGGCACAGAGAGGCUAUGGAAGACCUGGUGAGGCGGGAGGUGGAGCGCUGUGAUAGGUUGGCCGGAGUUGUGACUAUGAUGAGCGUGGCGGGAGGCACGGGGUCCGGGGUCGGCACAUAUGUCACGCAGUGUCUCCGAGAAGUCUACCCCAACUCCUUCAUCCUCAACCACCUCACCUGGCCUUAUGACAGCGGGGAGGUCAUCGUGCAAAACUACAACUCGGUGCUGACGCUGUCUCACCUCUACGGGCUGUCGGACGCCAUCCUGGUGCACGAGAACGACACCGUGCACCGCAUCUGCGCUCAGCUGCUCAACAUCAAGCACAUAUCCUUCGGGGACGUCAACAGGGUCAUCGCCCACCAGCUGGCCAGUGUGCUGCAGCCCGCCCUGACCACUGACUCGUACGGCGACUACAGCAGAAACCCCCUGGGUGAGCUGGUGAGCAGUCUGGCUUGCCACCCGGAGUACAAGCUCCUGAGUGUGUGCGGCAUCCCGCAGGUGGCCAGCUCCUCCAUGGCCUACAGUGUGUUCAGCUGGCCAGGCCUCCUCAAGCACCUCCGGCAGAUGCUCAUCUCUAACACCAAGAUGGAGGAAGGCAUAGACUGGCAGGUGCGGGCCCCUCCGGUCCACUGUGGUGGUGCUGAGUGGGCUCACAGCUUUAGAACGACUGGUUUCAACAGGUCUCUGGCCAAUCUGCUCAUAUUGAGGGGGAAAGAUGUCUUCAGUGCAGAAGCUGAUGGAUUUCAGGAUGCAGCGCUCUACACCUCAUGGCUUCCACCCAGAGAGGCUUUCAGUAUGUGGAAAUCCCCCGUUUCCUUCAAUCAGUACGAGAAGUCUGCUACGCUAGUCAGCAACAGCCAAACUCUGCUGAAACCUCUUGAUAACAUGGUGCGAAAGGCCUGGAACAUGUUUGCUUCAAGGGCAUACAUCCAUCAAUACACCAAGUUUGGGAUUGCAGAGGAAGACUUUCUAGACAGCUUUACAUCUCUAGAGCAAGUAAUAUCUAGUUACACGCAACUGUGCUAGCCUUGGACUCUCAAAGCCAGUUACCGGGCUGUCUCUGGUAAUAGUUGUCUCCUUUGACAGUUGCGUGCAUCCAAAACUAAGAACUGUGAACUUAGUAACAGAUUGUAUUUAGGAAUGACAUUUUUCAUGAAUUGUUUUUAUUUAAUUGUGAUGGAUUGACAAGUAAACAUUUAAUGUUACUCAAGAGUGCUGUAUUUUAACAGCCCUUUCAAAAUGCUGGUUGUUAUCAACAUCCAAUAAAUCAAACAUAACUUUUCUGUACUACUUCAAUAAGGUACAAUAUCAAGCCAACUCCUAAAGUGGACUUGUAAAGGCCCAUCCAAAACAAAUGGAUCAAUCUAGAGUCAAAUCAACACAGCAUCUGUGGACAAAGCCGUUGGCCCAGAACUUCAGCCAGCUUACAGACCGUUGUUGCCGUGACAAUAGAGCAGCCAACACCAGUCUGAUAAGCUAGCUGACGGGACGGGAGAGAGCAAGGCGCCACUGGGAAAGUGGAGGAGUCAUGUCCGUACAGGACAGACAUUGGUGAUUUAGUCAACAAAGUAAAAGUACAGAAAUAUAGUUGGGUUGCCUUUUGAAGGCAAAAGGUCAAAGCAUAUUUACUACUCAACACUAGAUGUGGCAGUUAACGCAUUAUUAUUAAUGGUAGUUUAACAUUGUAAGACUGCUUGCAUACUAAUCCAAGGUAGUGAAUUUGUACCUACCUUUCAGGUGCCUUCAUCUGAGGAUUUUACACAAGUUAAAUGAAAUCUUAACCAGCAAGCAGCUUACGAGGGGAAAUACGUACCAGUUGACUUACCGUUUAUUGACGUCCAUCAGGGAUUAAAAAAUACAAUAAAAAUCUAUUACAAAAAACUCAGACAUGGAAACCAGGGCAAUGAUUAAGACAUUUUAUAUAUGCUUUGAUCAAGGUUCAAUCUAAAUGUACAGAACAAAUGGAACAAGUAAGCAAAGAGAACAAUGUUACUUUACAAAUGAUAUCACCUAUUCCUUGUUAUGUUUUGAGUUCCGUUAUAUCCAGAAAGACCAUGAGAAUAGAAAUCCAUGUGCACGUACCCCCCAAAAAAGAUAUUAAGUUAUUUACAGGAUGUGCAAGCCAUCAAUACUACAUAGUUCUGACUCGAUAUUGCUUCGUUUUUUUUUACCAUUUCUAAAUAUAUACGACAGAUCCCAUAAACAAAACAAAUGCUUUGUCAUGUUACAGAGAACAUAAGGUUAAAAUUAAACCUUGAACAAAUGAAAAAAAUAUAAUAAACGCUUAACCUUAUUCAAAUCAUCAGCACAUUGUAUCCACGGAUCAAGCUUCAAAAGACUGUCCAUACCUUGCA